AAACUGGGAGGGCUAAAUGAGCUUUCGGCUAAUGGAGAGCUCAAUACACGAAGGGGAAAACAAUUAAAACCUUUUUCUUCAUCACUUAAUAUAAAGUACCUCCUUUAUAAAACUUAUUACCUAUAAGUAAACUAUGUCCUCACUUGAAAAAUUGUUACUUCAAGGAGUACGAAGUUUUAGUCCCGAUGAGCCUACAGUCAUUGAAUUUUUUUCGCCUUUAACCCUAAUCUGUGGGCAAAACGGAGCUGGGAAAACGACUGUCAUCGAGGGACUUCGGUUUGCUACCACAGGUGAAUAUCCACCAGAUUCUAAUAUGGGACGCUCUUUUGUUUUUGAUCCAAGAAUUUCAUCCGAAAGAGAAGUUAAAGCCAAAGUGAAACUUCGCUUUUGCAAUACAGCUGGCCGAGUUAUUACUUGCACCAGAACUUUGCAGGUGGCUCAAAGUUCUACCAACAAACCCACUUUAAAAACUCUUGAAAAUGUUUUGGAGACUAAAGAUCCUGUUUCUGGAGAAAAAUCGAACCUAACACGUAAAUGCGUUGAUAUGGAUAAAGAAGUUCCACUCCAGCUGGGCAUUUCUAAAGCCGUUUUGGAUUAUGUUAUAUUUUGUCAUCAAGAAGAAGCGAAUUGGCCUUUGGGCGAUCCUAAUAAAUUAAAAGAAAAGUUUGACGGCAUAUUUUCUUCCACGAGGUACACUAAAGCACUUGAAAAUAUUAAAAAGUAUCGUUUGGAGCUGAAUGCUAAACUCAAAACGCUCGAGAUCGAUAUAGGUCACUAUAAAAUCCACCGCGAGAAAGCCGUUGAGUUGGAAAGUAGAUUGGAUAGCUUAGGAAAGAGCAUUGAGCUUUGCGUUAAUAGAUUUCGGGAUCUUGAUUCUGAGUUGGCCCCUCUCGAAAAUAAUUUAAACGCGAUAUCAGCUGAAAUAGAAGAAGCCAUUUCGGUUGAGUCUUUGCUGCUUAACGAAGAAACGAUGCUGGCUCGAAUUUCUUCGGAAAUUAACGAGCUUUCUGUCAAAGUGCGCGUGUUACCCGAUUCUGAUAAAGAGCUAAAGGAGAAGUUGCAGUCUUUUAAAGAAGACAUGGACAGAAUAGUUCGGGAAAACACUGCAAAGCAACACCUUCUUAUUGAGAAAAAUAGUGAACUGAAAAACAUGUGUCUUCUGAACCAGCGACUCCGCGACGAAAGGACGAAAAGUCGAUUGGAAAAGGAGGAGUUGGACUCUGCAUUGCAGAAAAUAAAUGAACUUGUGUUGGAAAUUUCAGAGAUACACGACAUCCAUCAACCACAUGACUUACAGUUUACCCACGAAACUGCUGUUUCUGAAUUUAGUUCAGUUCUCCGUACGAUGAUAGCAGAGAAGAAGAAGGAGCUGGGGAGGCUGAAAGGAGAGUUGUGGAAACGGAACGGCAACUUUGAAAAGGAAAUUGAUAAGCUUCGCAACGAGAUGUCUGCAUCUGAACAGGAAAAGAAAUCGAAAGACCAAAUGUUGACUCAGUUCAAGCUCGAACUUAUCAAUACUGAUAACGAACUUUCCAAGAUAAAAGUUAGCAAGCAGGAUCUUGAAAACCUUGAAGAAGAGCUUGAACUUAUUAAAACCAAAAUAUCGUUGAAAACUGAAGCGGCCGCUGUUGAAAAGCUUCAGCUGGAAAAAGAAAGACUGGAAGCUUCCAGAGCGAAAAUUCAGUCGCACAUGGAAAGCCUCCACGAGGAUAUUAAGCUCUUCCACUUGCAGUCGUCUUCACGCGCCAAAGUUGAGCAGAUGAAGGAGAGAAAAGCUCGAAUUGAAGCAUCGAUUGCGCAUCUCUCGGAACAGGUGCUCGCGGACGCUUCCAAGUGGCUUGGCACAUCUCUAAAAGCGGACCCUUUUGCAACAAAUGAGAUGCUGAGGAAAGCGCUCCAGGGAAAAAGGGAAGCCCUCGGGGGUUUAUGCCUAGAGAAGCAGGAGAGCGAGGUGGCCCGCCUUUCAUUAGAAUCUCAGAAGUCUCGUGAAGAAGAAGAGAUUCAGCAUCUCCUUCUGCAGCUGAAAGGAAGCCCAUUCGCUUAUAGACUCUUUCCAGCAUGUGUAAUCCCCCCUGUAGAAAAGGACGGUUUACUGCGGAGCGAAUGCGGGAGCUUGCCCUUCCCCGCUGCGUACGAAAAGGUUGAGAAGAACUACAGCAAGCAACAAGGCAUCUACAAGCAGAUUGAAGCUUCGCAGUUUGUCAUUGAGGGCUACGAGAAGGUUUUCCUAGAGAAGCACUACUGCGCACUCUGCGAAAGAAGUUUCUCAAGCGAAGCGGAACGUCUUACUUUUCAUAACAAAUUGCGGAAAAAGAAAGAAAAAGUUCCUCUAUACUUGAACAACUUGAAAGAAGAAGUUGAUACACUCUUUGCCAAGAAGAAGCGGCUCGACCAACUACGCAUCAUCCACGAGGAUAUUAGCCGUAUCCGAAACGGCCGGUUGCCGGCAUUACAGAGCAGUCUGGACUCGAUCGCUGAAAAGCUGGAGGAAGCUAAGCAGCGCUCUGAAAGGUGUAAGACGGAGGACCUUAAAAAAGACGUGGAGACGCUGGAAGCGUUGUUGGUCAAUAGCGAUCAGUGGUUGGGUUUACUCUAUGACCACUCAGAACUCGAAGCUUCCAUAUCUUCAGAGUCUCUUGGACUUCACUCUUCUGAAAAAUACGCAACCAUGGAAGAAGCCUGCCAAAAGCUGGAGGCCUUGCAGGAGAGAGAAAGAAGUGAAGCCAGUGAAGUAGAAAAAGUUGCAGAAGAACUGCUCACUUACGAAUUUUCAGUUGUUUCUCUUCGGCAAGAACUUCAAGAAAAAGAGCAUCAGAAGGAGUUGCUCUUAGCCUCUCUGGAGCAGCUUGAAAAGUAUAAAGAGAAGAAGAUGUUAUUAAACGCGUCCAUUGAAAGUUAUUAUUCCGAUAUUCAGUCGCUUUCUCAUGAACGCGAUUCACUUAAAGAAAAGUUUGAGGAGAAAGUUGAAGAGCGCGCCAAGUAUCAGAACGAUAAGGAGGUGACAACGGGGAACUUGGCGGACUGGAUAGCCCGACUCGAAAGAGACUUCGGGCGUUUCAACAUUCUUCUAGAGAAAGUGAACAGGUUGAAGACCUCCUCCACUCUGGCCAACCUGAAACCCCUCGAAGAGCAAUUGCAAAGUCUUCAACACGAGCAGAGCCAAUUGGAAAGCACAAUAUCUGCUCUUAAGGAAGACCUUGAAAAGAAGAGAAAUAUAAUAAAUACACAAACUGAACACCGAAGAAAUAUGGAGGACAAUCUCCACCUUCGAAAACUUCACCUUGACAUGAGCGAAAAGAAAGAGACCACGCAAAAACUAGCGAACCAACUUUCUUGCUAUAACAAAAGUGGCAUGCUCGAAUCAAAGAAAGAGCUUGUAGUCCAAAUGGAUCGCCUAAAAGAAGAAAGAAGUGUGCUGAAGGGCAGGCAACACGAGCUCGAAAAGCAAAGAGAAGACGUCGAUCGCGAGCUUCAUUCCGACAUAUACACUUCGGCUUUACGCACUUAUAAAGAAAAGCUUUUCUCGUUCAAGACGACCCUGGUAGCCUCCUCAGACUUGGAUAAGUUUUAUAAGGCCUUGGAUGCGACAAUCGUGCAGUACCAUCGUGUGAAAAUGAACGCCAUCAACGAAAUUAUCAAGGAGAUGUGGAGCAACACUUACAGCGGAUCCGACAUUGACACCAUUGAGAUUCGCUCGGAGUCCGCUAUUAGCAACGCCACUGGCCGCCGUUCUUACCAGUACAGAGUGGUCAUGCUGAAGGGAGACGUUGAAGUCGACAUGAAAGGCAGAUGCAGCGCUGGCCAAAAGGUGCUGGCGUCGCUUAUAAUAAGACUUGCGCUGGCAGAGACGUUUUGCAUUCACUGCGGCAUUCUUGCGUUGGACGAGCCCACUGCCAACUUGGACAGAGAAAAUAUUGAGAAAUUUGCCCAAAAUCUUAUCAACAUUAUAGAGAACCGCCGAGCCCAAAGGAACUUUCAGUUAAUUGUGAUCACGCACGAUGAUGAGUUCGUAAACUAUCUCGGGCAGGCCGACUACGUGGAGCACUACUACCGAGUAACCAAAGACUCCAGGCAACAUACAUGUGUUGUGAAACGAUCUUUUCGGCAUCACACUCUAUAAUAAAUAUGCGCUUGCACUUUA